GCUCUUUUACAGCCACACGGACGCAGUCCACGAGUACAACGCCGUCAUUAACAUCCUGCGUCAGGGUGGCCUCUACCGCGUCAAGGCAGAUGGCAACAGGUGGCUGCUGCUAUGGUCCAACCACCCGAGCCCGGAGUUGCUGCGGGCGUUGCGGCCUUCGCAGAAGACGAACCACUUCCCCGGCUCGUGGAACCUCGGGCGAAAGGACGUCAUCUGGAAGAACAUAUCCCGCAUGCAGCGGAAGCACGGGCGAACGUACCAGAUCACGCCACAGGGCUUCGUGCUCCCGAAGGCGUGCCGCGGUCCCGUGCAC